UUCCACCACCUAAAGCCGAGAAGCAGAAGAACUAUAACUUCCACCACCUAAAGCGGAGAAGCAGAAGAUUGUGUUGUGGUCAGCAGUCCACGCUUCCACGCUCAUUCUUUUUUGGAGGAGCAGAAACAAGAGCUGAACUGCUGAAGAAGUGAAUGCUAUACUGUUUCAAGACUUCCCGUACACUUUCCUUCCCAGCUUAAAUGUGCUUCUAAAAACACAACAUUAUUCUUGGUGGAAUUUCCUGAUAAGCUGCUGAAAUAGGUGAUCUAUAAGAAUAUGGCGUCUGUAAAGCAUCCCGUUACUAAGCAGAAGUCAUCUGGUACCUUCCACACAAACACAUCUCACAGACAAACACAAACAUGGAGCAAGGAAAGAAAUCACCACUGCUUGGAGUGUGAAAAGAGUUUUACUCAACUGAGUAAUCUCCGAAGACACCAGCGCGUUCACACAGGAGAGAAGCCGCAUCACUGCUCAGAGUGUGGGAGAAGUUUUACACGACGGGGUACUCUCAAAAGACACCAGCGCAUUCACACAGGAGAGAGGCCGUAUCAAUGCUCAGAGUGUGGAAAGACUUUUAAUCAUCAGAGUCAUUUUAAAACACACCAGCUUAUUCACGCAGGCAUUAAACCAUAUCACUGUUCAGAGUGUGGGAAGAAUUUUAGUCAGCCGAGUUCUCUUCAUCAACACCAGCGCAUUCACACAGGAGAGAAACCAUAUCAUUGCUUGGAGUGUAGGAAGAGUUUUAAUCAGCGCGGUUCUCUCCAGCAACACCAGCGCAUUCACACAGGAGAGAAGCCGUAUUACUGUUCAGAGUGCGGGAAGAGUUUCAGGCAUUCAAAGACUGUGACGAUACACAAUCUCAAAAUACACCAGCGCAUUCACACAGGAGAGAAGCCUUAUCGCUGCUCUGAUUGUGGCAAGAGUUUUAAUCAACGAAGUCAUCUUCAACAACACAAACGCAUUCACGCCCGAGAGAAGCUGUAUCACUGCUCAGAGUGUGGGAAGAGUUUUACUCGACAGGCUACUCUCCAAAUACACCAGUACAUUCACACCGGAGAGAAGCCGUAUCGUUGCUUAGAGUGUGGGAGGAGUUUUAAUCAAUCGAGUCAUCUCCGACAACACAAGCGCAUUCACACAGGAGAGAAGCCUUUUUAUUGCUCAGAGUGUGGGAAGAGUUUUACUCGACAGGCUACGCUCCAAAUACACCAGUACAUUCACACUGGAGAGAAGCCGUAUCGUUGCUUAGAGUGUGGGAGGAGUUUUAAUCAACAGUGUCAUCUUCGACAACACAAACAUGUUCACACAGGAGAGAAGCCUUAUUACUGCUCAGAGUGUGGAAGGAGUUUUAGUCGUCAGAGUCAUCUUCAACAGCACCAGCACAUUCAUACAGGAGAGAAGCCGUUUCACUGCUCAGAGUGUGGGAAGAGUUUUAAUCAAAAGAGUAAUUUCCAACAACACAUGCAUAUUCAUAGAGAACAGAAGCCGUAUCACUGUUUAGAGUGUGGGAUGAGUUUUAAUCGUCUGAAUCAUCUCCAAAGACACCAGCGCAUUCACACAGGAGAAAAAACAUAUUACUCCUCAGAGUGUGAGAAGAGUUUCAGGCAUUCAAAGACUUUAAAGGCAAAGAAGUGCAUUAAGAGCAGUGAUGGAAAUGGACAAUAAUAGUUGUAACCAUAACACAUUCUGGAAAUACAAUUUCUCCUGGGAAUGGUGCUUGCAGCCCAGAUUUGAAACUGUUUUUAAGGGGAAACCACCUUUUGUUGUUUUACACUGCUUCCAAAACAUGAGCAAAAAAUGAACUAUAACUUCCUGUGCUGAAGACCCUGUCAAGCCUACACCCAGUGAGAAGAUUUGGUGCUUCAAAUUUCCCCCAAAAUUAGUUUCAUUUUCAGUUUAUGUUGAAUACAAUUGAGAAAUUCUGCAUUCAAAAAUAAGGUUCUUCACUUUCUAAUUUAGAGUAUUUAAUGUAGUAUAGUAUUUCCAAUGCUAUAAUAGAUGUUUUAACAAAUGUUUGACAGUGUGCUUAGCUUCUUUUGCUCUUACAUGUUAACUCACAAGUAAAUGCUUGUUGGACACUUUGUCUUCCUUUUUAAUCAUUAGGAGAUGUUUUUGGUAGUUUUUUGUUUGGAGUGCUCCUCUUAAGAACUGUAAUGAAGCAAAUAUGACCCUGAAGAUUGCAAUGGUGAAGUUUUUGCUGUGCUGGACAGAACUGAACAGUUUUGUUAUGUAAUAAAGCUGUCUGACAGAUGUACUGGUGAGCUCUCCUCAGUAUGGCAUACACAGCAUAAAGUUGCAUACAGGCCAGGCUGAAAUUCAUCCAGGACCUUCUUAUUACUCUUUCCAAAAACUCUUCGUUUUUAUUUUCAUAUUUUUUUAGAUGCUUGGAGGGUGAUUGUUCCUUCAGAAGGGCAUGGUGAUAUGAAAUAAGGACUUUAUGCUCUACAAGACUUCAGAAGUUGGAACUGGAUAUCUCCAUCAUUGUUGAAUUGGUUAUGGCAUU